GCCACCACCGCGGCCAUCACCGCGGCCUCCACCAGCGCCAGGAGCAGCCUCGGCCCCUCCGCCAUGGUUACCGCAGGCGUUGAACGGCCGUUGUCACGGCGACAGCUCCGCCCCGCCCUGCUCGAGGGGGGGGGACGGUCGGACCGGAGCAACCGCCGCCGCCGCCAUCGCCAUGGGGACGGUACCGCAGCGCCUGCAGCGCUUCCUCGACCGGCCCGGGCCGCUCGGGGAGCUCCUGGGCCGCCUGGAGGCCCGAACCGGCGUCCGCCGGCUCCACCUGGCCACAGGCUCUGCGGCGUUGCUGGGGCUGUACCUCGUGUUUGGCUAUGGUGCUUCACUGCUCUGCAACCUCAUUGGCUUCGCCUACCCUGCAUACGUCUCCAUCAAAGCCAUCGAGAGCUCCAGCAAGGAGGAUGACACCACGUGGCUGACGUACUGGGUGGUGUAUGGAGUCUUCAACGUAGCCGAGGUCUUCUCUGACAUCUUCCUCUACUGGUUCCCCUUCUACUAUGCUGGGAAGUGCUUUUUUUUGCUGUGGUGCAUGGCUCCCGUGCCCUGGAACGGGUCGCAGGUGCUCUACCAGAACAUCAUCCGGCCCUGGUUCCUCAGGCAUCACCGCACCGUGGACAGUGUGCUGGGCAACCUCAGCGCCAAAGCCCUGGAUGCAGCCUCCAGUGUCACCAGAGAAGUCCUGCAGACUCUGACCAGCAGCAGGGCCCGGCUGGCGGCCGAGGUGGCUCCACAGCUCAGUCUGUCUGUAUGUAAAGAGCAGGGAGAAGGGGCCGCUCUGUGCCAGCCCUCCCGGCCGCAUCCCGCAGACGGCUGCGGCCACGGUGGUGUCGGCCGAACGGAGCUGCAGGCUGCAGGCUCCGGGGGGGCUGACACAACCGUCCCCUUCUCCCCCAGCUUGGGUAGAGCAGAAGCUUUCCCUCCUGCUUCUCCGUAGCCAGACCCCCGAGCACCCUGCCCCCUGCUCGGCCCCACCGACAGCCCGGGGCUCCCAUUCAAACCUGUCCGAGGGCCGGAGCUGCCGCAGCAGCGGGAGGGGAUG